AUGGCGGCCAGCUUUGCGAACAAGCGGUUGAGUAAGGAGCUGAUCAAGAUCAAAGAAAGUUUACCUCCUGGCAUUCUUCUCAUCAGUGCCGACAACUUCGAGGAGUGGUUAUUAGACAUAAAAGUUCUGGACAACAACCCCCUUUAUGCCAACGAGACGUACAGGCUGAAGUUCAGAUUCAGCUCAUCUUAUCCGAUAGAGCCGCCCGAGGUCGUCUUUACUAAGCUACCAGACCGCCCGAUACCCAUGCACCCGCACAUAUACUCCAACGGCAUCAUCUGUUUAGAUCUUCUGGGACAACAGGGAUGGUCACCAGUACAGAAUGUGGAGAGCGUUUGCAUGAGCCUACAGUCUAUGCUCACGGGCAAUACCAAAAAUGAGCGACCGCCAGGGGAUGAAGAGUUCGUGCGAAGCAAUAGGGCACGGCCGAGAGACAUCGAUUUCUACUACCACGAUAACACCGUCUGA